CGGUUGCUGAAGAAUUCUUGACGACGACUUUGUUUUCUCUUUUUUCUUAUUUCUUAUUUUUUUUCUUUUUGACGUUUCUUGUCUGUGAUUCGUUCCCUUCGCCGACCGUCUUUCUCUUCAUCCGCUGCCAUGCAUCUAUAUAUCUCACUCAAUACACUUAUUGCGACCACAGACGGAGAAGGAGAAGGAGAAGGAGAAGGAGAGAAGGAGAAGGAGAGAGGGAGAUGGUCUAUGUCUGCGGCAAGAAGACCACUAAUUGGAAGGUGGAAAGGAAGACAGUGGAGAAGAACAGGAGAAUACACAUGAAGACCUUGUGCUUCAAGCUCUCCUCCAUUAUCCCCAAGGAGCACAAAACUAUUCACAAGACUGUGCUGACCCAACAAGACUGCUUCGACGAAGCCGCAUCGUAUAUACAAAAACUCGGAGAAAACAUAGAAAAACUGAAGCAGCGAAAGCAGAUGCAGAGCAUGAGGAGCCUAGGCCAGGACGACGUGGUCGUCGAAGUGAGGUACGAGGACUUGAAUUUGGAGGUGGUUGUGGUAAGUGGUGUGAGGAAGAGGUUCAUGUUCCAUGAGCUGAUUAAUGUUCUGGAGGAAGAAGGCGCUGAGAUUGUCAGCGCCAGCGUUGUGGCUGUGGGCGACAAGAUCUUCCACACAAUCCAUUCUCAGGCUAUUAGCUCAAGGAUUGGCUUGGAGCCGACUAGCGUCUCUCGGAGAUUGAAGGAGCUAGUCAACGGAGUAGACCCAGAGUUCCAUAUCUGAUUUAAGUAUGGUGGUCAAAAGUAAUUAGAUUUCCAUAUCUUAUCAAGGAAAAAGCUAAUUAAGGUCAAUUGUUCGGAAUCAAACUAGCUACGGAAUCCACAAUUUUACCCUUUCCUCUC